CUACCAUCUCUGACACAGAGAGAGAGAGAGAGAGAGAGAAAGAGAUGGCUCUUACUCUCAAGGGCUCUGUUAAUCUCACCCCCCCAACGAUCACCAAAGCCUUCGCUCUCAAACCCCACUUCCUCACCCCUCUCCACUUCACCACCACAAAACACACCCCAUCCGUCUCUUCCUCAUCAUCAUCAUCAGUCACAGACAACGCUAACACUUCAUCUGGUCCUUCAAACUGGGCCCCGCACUCGUGGAAGUCCAAGAAGGCCCGCCAGCUCCCGGACUACCCGGACCCGGAUGAGUUCAGGUCGGUCAUCCAGACCCUGGAGUCCUUCCCGCCCAUUGUGUUCGCCGGCGAGGCCCGCAAGCUCGAGGAGCGGCUGGCCCAGGCCGCCAUGGGCGAGGCCUUUUUGCUUCAGGGCGGGGACUGUGCCGAGAGCUUCAAGGAGUUCAAUGGGAAUAACAUUCGGGACACUUUCCGGGUCUUGUUGCAAAUGGGCAUCGCCCUCACCUUUGGCGCCCAAAUCCCCGUCAUCAAGGUAGGAAGGAUGGCAGGGCAAUUUGCAAAACCUAGGUCAGAACCUUAUGAGAUUCAAGACGGUGUGAAGCUUCCUAGUUAUCGGGGAGACAAUAUCAACGGUGACGCCUUUGAUGAGAAAUCUAGAAUACCUGAUCCGCAAAGGUUGAUCAGAGCAUACCUCCAAUCUGUUGGCACACUGAAUCUCCUUAGAGCAUUUGCCACUGGUGGGUACGCUGCCAUGCAGAGAGUUUCAGAGUGGAAUCUUGAUUUUGUGGUACACAGUGAGCAGGGGGACAGGUACAUUGAACUUGCACAAAGAGUAGAUGAAGCCCUGGGGUUCAUGGCUGCUGCUGGGGUUACUGUAAAUCAUCCCAUAAUGAACACAAUUGAGUUUUGGACAUCUCAUGAAUGCCUCCAUUUACCUUAUGAGCAAGCCUUGACUAGGGUAGAUUCAACAUCAGGGUGUUACUAUGACUGUUCUGCUCACAUGCUUUGGGUGGGUGAGAGGACUCGGCAGUUGGAUGGUGCACAUGUUGAAUUCCUCCGGGGUGUUUCCAAUCCUCUUGGCAUAAAGGUGAGUGACAAGAUGGAUCCAAAGGAGCUUGUGAAAUUGUGUGAAAUUCUCAACCCUCAUAACAAGCCUGGAAGAUUAACAAUAAUAACGCGAAUGGGGGCAGAUAACAUGAGGGUAAAGCUCCCCCAUCUGAUUAGAGCUGUGCGCCAGGCUGGGCUUCUUGUCACAUGGGUUAGUGAUCCCAUGCAUGGGAACACCAUAAAGGCUCCUUCCGGUCUCAAGACGCGGCCGUUCGAUGCAAUCCGAGAUGAGUUGAGGGCUUUCUUUGAUGUUCAUGAACAAGAGGGGAGCUACCCUGGGGGAGUUCAUCUGGAGAUGACUGGGCAGAAUGUAACAGAGUGCAUUGGAGGGUCAAAGACAGUGACUUUUGAUGACUUGAGCUCCAGAUAUCAUACACACUGUGACCCCAGGCUGAAUGCAUCACAGUCACUUGAGCUUGCAUUUGCCAUAGCUGAGAGGCUGAGGAAGAAAAGGUUAAAAUCGGUUAAAAACUUUCAAAGAGGGCAAAGAUAAUCAUUCUAUGAUAUGGGAUACUUGAGUUUUUUUAUCUUGUGCUCAUUCAAGUUCUCAAUAAUUGUAUUUGGUUUUUUCUUAUAUUUGUGAAUGCAGAGUUUUUGCUGUAAUAAAAUCUUAUGCCUAAAAAUGAAGGCUCUUCUCUUGUUA